AUGUCUGAUUCCGUUUCCAAAGCCGGCAUCACCACUAAUGAGGCUACUGGUGAACGCUACAUCCCCUCCUCGGUUCGCGCAGAUGGUUCCAAGCGCCGUGAGAUUCGCGUCCGACCCGGUUACAAGCCCCCAGAGGAUGUCGAACUUUACCGAAACCGUGCUGCCGCUGCAUGGAAAACUCGUGGAAAAGGCGGGGUGCCAGGCGCAGAGGCUCUGAGUAGUGGGGACGAUAAAAUGAUGCCCAACUCGACUCCCGCAGAUACUACGGCUGCCAGCAACAAGAACGCCAAACGUCGGGAAGCCAAGCGCAAGGCAAAGGAAGCUGACGGUUUCAACUCCGCGACCGAAAAGAAGGGCUCUGAGUCAGAUAACUGGCGCACACCUGCAAAGGAGAAUCCCGCCGAGGAGCCUGUUGAUCCUGAGGCAGAAAAGGAGAAGAAAGCUCGGAAUCUCAAGAAGAAGCUCCGUCAGGCACGCGACCUUCGUGAUAAGAAGAACCAGGGUGAGGCUUUGCUGCCCGAGCAGUUGGAAAAGGUCAUCAAGAUCAACGAACUGGUUCGACAGCUCGAAACACUUGGCUUCGAUGCCAAUGGCGACCCCAAGACUGAGAAUGCCUGA